UACAAGGUCAAGAUGUUAACGCUGUUGAACUUUUUAAUUAUUGUCAUUCUUUGUUAUGGUUAUAUCUAACAUAUCAAGUAAAAAAGUUUUAAAAAAUAUUUAGAUAAGUUUUCUUAAGAAUGAAUAUGGACUACAUACUUGGCGCAAAUUGACCCAACUUUUAGAUGAGUAGAAGUAAUAACCUAUGUGGGCUGCAGAAACCAAACUAUUCUAAAAUUCAAAUGCCUCAAAUAAUAGCCAACGUGGGGUUGCUUCUGCAUAGACGUAACUUAGCAGAAACCAAACUCCUCGAGUUAUAAAGUUGUAUUUUUUUAUGGUUCAUUUUAUGUGUUCAUUCUUCAAAAAAAGGAAAAAAAGAUAUGGAGAGAAGCAAUUUUCUAACAAGUCUAGCAGUUCUAAUACUUGUGUUGGCAUAUGCAAGCGCAACCUUGUCAGGCCCUAAAGCUAAGAAGCACUUUGUGCUAGUUCACACAGCAGGCCACGGAGCCUGGUCCUGGUACAAGAUUGUGGCAUUGAUGCGACGAUCUUCAGGGCAUAACGUCACAGCUUUGAACCUGGGCGCUUCAGGAACCAACCCAAAACAGGCCCUGGAAAUCCCACAUUUUUCUGAUUAUUUGAGUCCGCUAAUGGAGUUCAUGACUUCACUUCCUGCUGAUGAAAAAGUAGUUCUUGUAGGCCAUAGCUUUGGUGGAUUCGCCGUUUCUAAAGCCAUGGAAACCUUCCCAGAAAAGAUUUCAGCUGCUGUAUUUCUCAGUGGUCUAAUGCCUGGUCCAACUCUCAAUGCAAGCACCGUCUACACUGAGGCAAUCAAUGCAGUAAUAACUCAACCUGGUACUCGUGUUACAUACAAUACCGGACUUACAAAUCCUCCAACCACCAUCAUCCUAGGUCCCCGGUACUUGGCAACUAAUGUUUAUCAACUGAGCCCAAUUGAGCAGGCAUCACCUACUUGAUUGUUUAUCAAAAUUGCAGUUCUAUUCAAGUACUUCAUCUGUUGGAAAGUUUGAUUUGAAUUCAAGCUCAUGUUCAGAAGUUUCAUUCACUACAUGUCACACAAAGAAUGGGACUGGAUCCAUUCAUAUUGGGCUUCCAAUUCAUAAUGGUUCUUUAGAUAAAAGGAAGGAUCAAGCUCCAAUAGAUGCAACACAGAUAAUUCCAAAUGAUGAGAAAAAGGAUGUACUGAACAAAAGAAAACAGCUGUUAUUAGAGGAAAAUAAUUUUGUUUUGGCUGUUAUGGUGCGGACAGUAGAAAUAGUACAAGAGUACAAAAUUUAUUUUCAUUUUUAGGUUUUCUUUAUUUACAAAAUACAGAUAUAAAUCCACAGGAAACUUGUACAUGAGAUUAAUGAAUACAGAAAAAAAAUAAAAUUCCAUAGUUCUUGAGUUUUUGCUCUUCAA